GCCUGGAACAGUGAGGGCAUUAGGACCAGGAGCGAGACUCACGCUUGGCUCCCAUGGUGUCUGGCAGAGGGUUCGUGGAGAGCUGGAGCUAUGUGUGAAAGGAAACGGGGCAGUGCCUGCCGGCUUUAGGCUUUACGUCUGUUGGUCUGGCCUGACUCGAGGCGUCCAAAGGAGGAUGUCUGUCAUCCUGGCUUGACUGAAUCCCCAGCCACUCGCCCCAGACAUCCCUUAGAACCUUACCAUUCAUGCAGAGGGGGGGAAGAAACACGGGACUAACCACCAGAGCAGAAUGGACAAGAGCAGGGUGAGAAGGGGCAAGCAACACGACCAGAGACCCUUUUCAGAAGACAAUUGACAAAAUCCAGAGAGGACCAGGGGCAGCCCCAGGCUCCUGUGGCUUUCUGGUUCCAAGGGAAGUGGGUCCUACCACUGCUGUUGGCAAGUGUUAGAUGGAAUAAAAGGAGCAGGUGACUGGCUGCAAUGAACAGCCCAGACUCAAUGACAAGCUUGACCUGAUCAGGACCUGCUGCUCUGGGCAAGUGGCUGCGACAUGCUCCUGAGGAAGAGACCCAGGAACAGACGCUGCAGACUUCAGUUCCUCCUGCUCUUGCUGACACUCGGAUGUGUCCUGAUGAUGGUGACCAUGCUGUAUCCUCCCCCGCCCACGCUGCACCAGGCUGUCACAACCCAAGCCAGCAAACACAGUUCUGACACUGGGUAUCGCCUGGACUAUGGGGACUCCCAAGAAUGGGUUCUGGAGGCUGAAGACGAGAGUGAGGAGUACAGCUUCUUGGAUGGCCUUCUGCCCUUCAUCUCCCUGCAGGAGGAUCAAUUGCUGGUGGUUGUGGCUAAGAGGAAUCAGAGCCAGCACCCGAGACGGGGCAGCUACCAGUUCAUCAAACACCCGAGCAGGAGGCGGGAUGAGGAAGCCCCUGAGAGGGAUUGGAGGACUGAGGAAGAUGGGGAGGACUCAGAGGAGUCGCUGACCCUACUCAGCCUGGACACAGACCUCAACAAAGCACUCAGUGACUACCUGUCCCCGAGGAGAGUUCUGCCUGAGGUGCGGCACCCGAUGUGUCUACAGCAGCACCCUGCAAAUGGCCUGCCUACAGCCAGCGUCAUUCUCUGCUUCCAUGAUGAAGCCUGGCCCUUGCUCUUGAGAACCGUACACAGCAUCCUGGACACAGCACCCAAGGCCUUGCUGCAGGAGAUCAUCAUUGUAGAUGACCUCAGCCAGCAAGAACAACUGAAGUCUGCUCUCAGUGACUAUGUGGCCAGGCUGGAGGCUGUGAAGUUGCUCAGGAGCAACAAGAGGCUUGGCACUAUCGGAGCCCGGAUGCUGGGGGCCACCAUGGCCACAGGGGAUGUGCUGGUCUUCAUGGAUGCCCACUGUGAGUGCCACCCUGGAUGGCUGGAGCCUCUCCUCAGCAGAAUAGCUGAUGACAGGAGCCGAGUAGUGUCUCCAGUCAUAGACGUGAUUGAUUGGAAGACGUUUCAGUACUCUGCAGUCAAGCAGCUGCAACGAGGGGUGCUGGACUGGAAGCUGGAUUUCCGAUGGGAGCCCCUGAGGGAACAGGAGCAGGAGGCCCUCCCAUCCCCCAUCAGCCCUAUCAGGAGCCCUGUGGUAUCUGGAGAGGUGGUGGCCGUGGACAGAUACUACUUCCAAAACUCUGGAGCUUAUGAUCCUCUCAUGUCACCUCAUGGUGGGGAAAAUCUUGAGAUGUCCUUCAAGACCUGGCUUUGUGGCGGCUCCGUUGAAAUCCUUCCCUGCUCUCGAGUGGGACACAUUUACCAAAGCAAAGAUGUCAGCUCCAGGGCUGACCCUGAAGUCAUCUUGAGGAACAAGGUCCACGUUGCUGAGACCUGGCUGGGGUCCUUCAAAGAAACCUUCUACAGGCACAGCCCAGAGGCCCUUUCCCUGAGCAAGGUUGCAAAGCCAGACUGCACGGAACGCCGGAAGCUGCAAAGGAGGUUGGGUUGUCGGACAUUCCACUGGUUUCUGGCCAAUGUCUACCCUGAGCUGUAUCCAUCUGAGCACAGACCCAGGUUCUCUGGAAAGCUCCACAACACUGGACUCGGCUUCUGUGCAGACUGCCAAGCAGAAAGUGACAUCCCGGGCUGCCCUAUGACUUUAGCCCCUUGCAGUAACAACCGGCAACAACAGAACCUGGAGCACACCAGCAGGAAGGAGAUUCUCUUCGGCAGCCCACAGCAUCUGUGCUUUGAUGUCAGACAAGAACAGGUGAUUCUGCAGAACUGCGUGGAGGAAGGCCCUGCCAUUCAUCAACAGCAUUGGGACUUUCAGGAGGAUGGAACGAUCAUUCACAUCCUUUCUGGGAGAUGCAUGGAAGCUGGGGCUCAAGGAGACAGUAAGGAUCUGCACUUGAGUCAGUGUGAUGGUAAAAGCAGCCAGCUGUGGCGAUUCGACCAGGUCCACCCUGUGGAUGAAUGAUGAGUAACAGUGACGGAGAGCAAAGCAAAUGAUCAGCUUCACAUUUCUACUCCUGUGUGUUCUGAGCCGUCCACUGUGCCCAGGUUGCCGGUAUAGGAGAGAAGAAAAUGACAUAUAUAUAUAUAUAUAUAUAUAUAUAUAUAUAUAUAUAUAUAUAUAUUUGUGCCUCAUGUCAUUGAUUGAUAGCUGUAUUUAUAGAGGAAAAGCAAUGGAGUCAUUGUAUUCAUCUUCAGAAAUGUUCAUCAUGAAAUACAGGAGAGUCCUUUCUUGACCUACCAAGCAUUUAACAUUUGCUUUUAUCCCUGACUGUGGAAGAGGCAUAGACAUUGUCUGACAGAUCUUCCAGGAGACAUCAAAUGCAGUGGAUAACUUUAUCUGACCCCAAGUAGCCUUUACUUGGAUGGUGUGGUAUAUGUGGUCCAGUGUGAAAGUUAGAGUGAAGGGUGUUUAAUGGUCUAUGCUCCAAACCAUUUUAUUAGGCUUACUAGCAUAUAUUUUCUCAUUUAUUGAGCUCUAGCUCAAGAGGAAGCAGAAGGGAAUGGAGAGGAAUGGGGUGGGGCUGGGAAGAAGGCUGGAAAGAGAUUUGUCCUGACUCUCCAGCUCAGGUUGGCCCAUGAAGAGUGAACAGAGCUAGGUAAGAGUUUUUCAUCUUCAAGACAGCCCCCUGAAACUCUCUACCUCCAUUCACCUGCUCUAGCCUUCUCUAGCUCAGCCGUGCACAACCAGAUUUCCUCACAGUGUAGUCUUUCUGAGUCACCAGUGCUGGAAGGAUCAACACAUCUGAGCAUUCUCAUGAACAAAAGUAUCAUGGUAGAUAAACUCCCUUGACGCCCUGGUAGGAGAGCUGUGCUGGCUCGAUGAGAAAUAGCAAGCUUUGAAAAAGGAAAACCUUCCCUUGAAUGGAAAUGCCACCACUCCAGCCAAAAUCUUUACAAGGCAAAAUGGAUGUGGCUAUUGAAUAUUCUUGAAGCUUGGUGGGGCCAUCUAUGAACCAACAAUGUAUGCCAAGGACCCCCUAAAUGUGGAUUCCUGUUGAAUGCUCAUGGUUGAGUGAUAUCCACCUCAGCCAGAGCAGAACCAAGGUAUAGCCACAAGUGUUGCUGAGUGAGUUAGGAAGCUGUUGAGAAAAAAAAAAACAUUCUUGCCCAUUUCUCUCUGGAUGUAAUUAGCUCUGUAUAUGGCAAACUUAAAAUUUCAUAUUAAAGAUGCCUUUGACCUUUUGACUGUCUUUGAACAGUUGUUUUAAAUAAGAAUUAGGAAAGAAGCUUGCAUUUCUAAAAUACCCAACACGUAUGUAUUUCUUCCAAGUCAAUGCCCACUGUGUUUCUCCAACCUUAGAAUUGAUCUAUACUAACUAACACUAUCCAAUAUGAUGCCACAAACCCACUGUGGCCAUUUUGAUGGAAAUUCUGUACAAUUCAGGAAAUUUUCCAACUGUUCCUUGAUUGUGCUGGCUACAUUUCAAGAGUUCAGUAGCCAGCUGUGGCUAGUGGCUACUAAACUGAGAACAGUUAUAAAAUAUCCCACCAUCACAGACUUUAUUACUGAAUAGCACUGGCUAGACCCAUUCCCGAGUAUGGAAGAAAUUUUACCCACCAUCUUCUUACUUCAGACCUGUCUGUAUUUAAAAUGAAUUCUCCUGACAUGUUGAGGCAGGGAUGGAGCUUUCAGAUGAUAACCUUGUAAAGGGCAGUAACGGUUGAAGAGCAAACAUUUAAAAAAAGAUCUCUAUUCUGAAAUGAAUUCUGUGAUUAGCAUUGUCAGUAGCUGAAGCUGUUGGGAUAAAUUAAUAUAAUUAAAUAAAAGGCUAAAUUCUGU